AUGGCUGGUUUUUUCUCUAAUCCAUUUCAACUAAAGAAGCCUAUUAAAAGAAGAAGCCGUGUCUUAAACAAUUUGGAUUGUAUUGUUCCUAAUUCUGAGGAAGAACUUGCUCUUCACCCAAAGAAACUUGAUGAGUUAAAGCAAUGGUUUAGAUCAAAGAUGGGCAUUUGUCGAGGAUCCAAAACUUUAUUGCUGACAGGCCCUAGUGGUUCUGGAAAAAGGACAGCAGUAAGGGUUAUUGCAGCAGAACUGGGAAUUGAAGUAACAGAAUGGGAUUGGACAGAUGAUUGUAAUAAUUUAAAUAAUAAUCGAAGACGUUCUUUCUCUGCUGAGGGAUUUGCACAAUUCUUGAAUGAUACACAAUUUAGUUCAAUUCAACGAAUGUCUUUAAAACAUCGAUUAUUACUUAUUAGUCAAUUGCCUAGCGAAUUUUUAAAUGAACCAAAACUUCUACAUCAAUUAUUGGCUAGUAAAAUUUCCCUCUCUCGAUGUAUAAUUGUUUUUGUACUUCCAAAUGUUGAUUCUUGUUGGUCUCUUAGCCCUUUUAGAAUUUUUCCUCAAUCAAUUUUGGAUGUGCUAGGAAUUGAACAUAUUAAAUUUAAUCCAAUUUCAAUUUCCCUUUUAACUAAUGCCCUUCAAAAAGCUUCCAAAAAACUUUGUAAUUCUCAACAAGGAAUUGAUGUUAAAAAUAUUGCUAAUUCUUCUUUUGGUGAUAUUAGACGUGCAAUGAAUUUAUUACUUUUACACUAUAGACAACAAAAUUCCAAAAUAAUUGAAGGAAAUUCUGCAAAACGUUCAAGAUUAGAAAAAUUAUCAAAUAAUUCUCAACAGCAACCUUCAACUUCCUUCUUUUCUUCUAAUUUUGCUUCAGAUCAAUUAGAAUUAUUUCAUUUUAUUGGAAAAAUAAUGUAUGCAAAAAGGGCUGAAAAACCAACAGAAAAAUGGUUGGAGAAUGAAUCUAAAUUAAAUUUUAAUUUAAAAAGAAUUUAUGGACGUCCAUUACCUCCAAAAGAUGAUUUAAAUAAAUUAAUUGAAACAUCUCCAAUAUCUCCACAAUUGUUAUCUUCUUAUUUAUUUGAACACGAACCUCGUUUUGGUCCCUCAAUUAAAUCAAUUUCUAAAAUUCAACAAAUUAUUUCUAAAUUAGAUGUGCUUAUUUCAAGUAAUUAUGAACAGAGAAAUCAAAUGGAAAAAUAUAUGAUUGAUUUAUCUGUCCGAGCAUCACUUUUUCACAAUUAUCGACCAUCUACUGGAGAUAAACAAAAAUGGCGUUUUUAUCAAUUUGAAAAGCCUCGUCUUUACGAUUUGAGAAUGCAAAGAAUGGAAAUUAAAUCGAGAAUAUCUGCUUUAUAUCCAAUUGGGAGAACUUCUGAUAUGUCUAUUUUAUUACUUUCAUUACUUCCACGUAUUUCUUCAAUUUGUGUUAAUUAUAGUCAAGCAGAAUUAUUAGAAAAAUUAAGUCUUUCUUCUAAUCGUUUAUUUAAAUUUAAAAUUUGUGAAAAUUCUACCCCAACAAAUUCUUCUUUUUUACAAAAAAACGAGGAUUUAUCAGCAACAACAAAUGAAGAGGAUUUAAUUAAAAUGACAGAACAACUUUUUGAAGAUAAUAAUUUAAUAAAAGAAGAAUUUCAAAAUUCUUUAAAUAAUUCUUUCAAUUCAUUUUAUUCAAUUUCUUCAUUUUUUGAUGAUGAAGAAGGUGGAGGGGGAGGAAAAGAAGGAGAAGAAACUGAUGGAUUUUGUUAUGAAAUUAAUGAAGAAGAAGAUGAGGAGGAGGGAGAGGAUGAUAAUGAUGUUGGGGAUUUUGAUUUUUAAAUUAGUUUUUGAUGAUUUCAA